AUGAUGCGUCUUCUCCACAAAUGCGACCUCUUUCGUGUGGUGCAGGACAGCGAGAACCUCCUGACGCCUGCCACCCCGUACGGGGCCGCCGUCAGCAUCGUAACGACGACAGUCUUGGUGAUUCUCCUCAUAGGUGAGUGCUACGGCUACAUCAGCGGGCACCGAAACUGCCACAUCACCCCGUCCGCCUUCAAGAAUACUCUCGAUCCCGGCAUGCAGCGGAAGGUGGACAGGCUGCACUUCUCCAUCAGCCUGCCCUACAUGCCGUGCCACCGCAUCGCCACAGAGACGGUCUCUAUGUUUGCGCACGACAAGCCGACAGAGCGAGACACGCACAUAUCGCUCUAUCACAUUCCGUAUGGCUCCUACGCCUCGAAUUCGUCCGCGACUUACGUUUCCGGCGAAGUGCUUUCCGGGACGGAGCACGGCUGCCUCGUCACGGGUACUGCCCCCAUCGCCGCCAGGCCCUCUUCCUUCAACAUCAUCCUCAACGACUACAGGGUGGAGGACAGCAGAAAGUACCGGCCCGACUUUCAGAUCCACCACUUCUCGGGUGGCAACGCGUACGACGACUGGGGCGUUUCGCAGGUCCGCCGUCAAACGCUGGAGCCGAUGUCUGGCUUCAAGGGCGCCCACACCCUGCAGGAGCCGUAUUUUUUUCAGUUCUUCCUGCAGCUCAUCCCAACCACGGUGGACCUCGCUGGCAAGGACAGCCGCAUUGGCUACCAGUACACCGCCUUCCACUCGAUGCUGCGGUACAACGGCCACGGCAGGGCACCUGGACUGUACUUCUCCUACAAGCUAUCGCCCUUUUCGAUGGAUUGUGCCGUGCAGUACGACACCAUGAGCCAUUUUGUGGUGAAUUUGUGCGCCGUAGUGGGCGGCGUCUACACCGUGGCGGAGAUGGUGGAGGCGGGGCUGGAGUGGCUGGCGCGCGAGCGGCGCCUGAGAGAGGUCUCUGCCCGCAACCGCCGCAACGCCGAAGCACUCAAGAACGCUGCGGGUGUUGCGCCCAUUGCGUCCUGA